UGCUUGAAUAUCGGCAGGAAGGAUACGACGGAGGGGAUGACGCCAUAUAGCGUCGCGACGCGCAGCGUCCGAUUUAGUUUCUACUCAAAGUUUCAAAGUCACACUAUUUGGGAAAGCUAUCAACCUAUAUACCGUCGAAGAAACGACAUAGCAGCAAAAUGCCGGGUCGCAAUAAAGAACAGGAAGCUGAAGUGCUUGAAUGGAUAGAGGCUGUAUUGGGCGAGAAACUCCCUCCUGGAAACUAUGAAGAUAUUUUGAGAGAUGGUGUGAUUCUUUGCAAUCUAAUUAACAAACUUGCACCCGGAUCGGUUAAGAAGAUUCAAACUAAAGGCACCAAUUUUCAACUUAUGGAAAAUAUUCAAAGAUUCCAAGCGGCAAUUAAAAAUUAUGGUGUACCGCAAGAAGAAAUUUUCCAGACCGCGGAUCUCUUUGAAAGACGUAAUAUCCCUCAAGUUACCCUCUGUUUGUACGCGCUGGGCAGAAUGACUCAGAAACAUGACUGGAAUGGGCCAAGAUUAGGACCGAAGAUGGCAGACGAGAACAAGAGAACCUUCACCGAGGAACAGCUUCGUGCCAGCGAAGGUCAUUUGAAUCUUCAAAUGGGUUACAAUAAGGGUGCCAGCCAAGCUGGUCUCGGUAGCUUUGGAAAUACUCGGCAUAUGUAAAUUUUUUAUAGAAGCAAAUACACACAUACAUAAACACACAUGCACACGUCUAAAUAAAAAAUGCAUAUAAUAUAUUAAAUGCUAUAUAAUGAUAAACUAUCGAGUACGGAGUAAACACAGUAAAAACAUCAAAAUAAAUCACAUUUUUUAACCGCGCGUAUAACAUGAAGAUAAGAUUAAGCUUUUGGAAUAUUUUUCAAAGUUUUUAUUAUUUUCAUCAAAAAAUAAGUAUUUUUAUUCUAAAUAAUACUUAUUUAUUUCUUGUUGUCAUAAUUAUUAUUGAUAUAAAUGAGAUUGAAUAAUUUGUGUUGAUAUUUCUCUAUGAUUUUUUUUUUACAUCACAUAUACUGCGUCUCUGGAGUAUUGAUUAACUAUAAUUAUUAUUUUUUAAUAAAUACUUUAAAUAUUGAUAUUUAACAGUUAAUACAUUAUAUAUAAAUUUUAUCUUUUUCUUCUUAUAUCAAUAAUAGAAUCAAUAAUUAUUAACUUUCUAAUUUAAUCGCGCAAAAAUAUAUUUUUAUAAUCGUAACAGUUGUAGGUUGCAUGUAAAUAUAAGUAGGAGAUUUUUUAUCACACAUUGGCAAUGAGCAAAAAAGUGCUUUAAAAACAUGUUUUUAGAAUUCACAUAUACACAUUUACAUAAACAAGUUUUACACAAUUACACGAAUUGUUAUAUAAAAUAGACAAAAAAAAUAUGUACACACGUAUUCGCGGUCGGAUUCAUAUAUUUCAAAUCAGGAUAAAAUAAAUUAUUACAUUAACAUUACAUGAUGUUAAACAAAAUGUUAAAUACAUUUAAUGCAAUUAAAUCCACUAAAAAUGAAUAAUUAUACAUAUUUUCAUGUAUAUCUGCACAUUAACACAAUUUGACAUAUACACAUAUAUAAACAUAUACAUACAUAUACAUACGCAUAUACACAUAAUACUAUACAUUAUACUAUUACACACACAUGUAUAAACAAAUAUUACACCAAAAAUUUCUAAGCGUUAUAGAUUUAGAAUAUUAAUAUUAUAAAAAUAGUUAUUAAGAUUUAUAAUAUGAUAAAAUCGAUGUUAAUCUCAUGUAAUGUUUUGCAAUAGACGAUUUCAUAAGUUAUAUAAUUUAAUUUGGUUGUACCAAUAUUUUAUUUUUGCAAAUUGAUAAAUUAAAUUAAUAAGUUUUUACAACUUUGUUAUUAUUUGUGAUAUUUAAAUGUUAAAUUAAAAAUAAAUUUUAUAUAUAUAUAUAUAUAUAUAUAUAUAUAUAUAUAUAUAUAUAUUUAUAUGUAUCAAAAAUAAACGUCAUUUUUCAUAAUUUAUAUAUUCUUUUUUAUCAUUUAUUAUUAUAUAUUAAUUGUUUAUAUAUUAUAAUAAAAUUUACCAUACAUAACUUUAAGAUGUACGUUAAAAAACGUGCAACAUAUAAAUAAAUUUUUUACUAAUAUGCACAACCAUUAUGACAAGGAAAUAAUAAAGCAAUGCAAGAAAUAAUCAAAAAUUAAAUUAAUUUCAUAUGUUCGCGAUGACUAUUUCAUUCAUAUACUAUGAAGUUAUUUUGAAUAGUAAAUUUUGAACCAAUAUGUGGUUGAGGCAAAUUGCAAUUACUAAUAUAAAGAUGUUGUAUAUUUUAUGAAUAUAAAGAAUACUGGCCAAAAAUAUCAAAAUAUAAAGAAUCGAUAAUUUGUUGCUCUCUAAAAGAAAUUUCUAAACAAAAUUUAAUUUGUUUUUUGCCUUACAUGCGUUUGAUAGAGCGUUUGAUACAAUGUGUAAACAAUAAUUAUUAGAAAUUAAUUAAUUGUACACACCAUUAAACUCUUAAUUAAACACAUAUUAAAUACAA